AUGCUUCAAGAUUUUCAACUUCUUCAAAAAAGGGUGGCACGAGUUCUACCCUUAAUUAUUCCACAGUCUUCAGCGAAUACAACGGAACAAGCAAAAAAUCAAAACAUUCCAGCUUCUUCGGAGGAGAGCAUACUUUCUGAUUGGACAGACAGUGCCUCUGAAGAAUUGUUUGACAAAGUUGCCGCUAUUGAUCCAAUCUUUUGUGCCAAAAUCACAGUUCACCGUAUGCUGCUGGAUAAAAAACCAAGUUUCUUGAAGCAAUGUCUCACUGAUGCCAGCCUGUUGAAAUCAGCUAUAGAAAAAGCUCGCACAACAUAUUUGAAAUCGCUGGAAAUGACUUCUGUUUCUUCCCUGCUGGAAAAUAAAGAUGCAGAAGAGGAGGAGAGUGAAGGUGGUCGUGGUGACAGCUCGACGGGUGUAUUAAAUAACCAUUUAAAUGAUCUGGGAAACAUUGUGUUCUCACAGGUUGUCUUGUGGUAUCCAAAGUUGGCAGACAAAAUUACUGGUAUGUUGCUUGAAAUGAACAUUGAAGAAUUGGAAUCGGUCAUCAACAACUCUGACCUGUUAAAGAGCAGGGCAGACAAAGCUUAUUUGGUGUUGAAAAAUUCUGGUUACCUGACAGCAGACGAUCAAAUUAAAGAACAGUUCUCUAUGCCAUUUCGAUGA